CCUCCUCUAGCGCGAGAAUAUUCGUCAAACCCUCCGCCUCGCCCUUACCGGUGCCUUUCCUAAUGCCAAGAUCACUAAGCAGCUCCAAGACAUUGACCAAGCCUGUCCAACGCUCUUCCGCACUCUGUUUCCACAGGAGACUAUGCGUCUGGCGAUCGAUGAAGAUAAUACCGGCGAUACCGUCGAGAACAUCAUCUUUGACGAUGGUCAUCGUAAUCCUACAGCGCAGUCUAAGAUCCAGCAGAAGUAUUGCCGCGAGACGCUCAAGCUCCCUACACGCCCGUCACAUAUGACAGCAGGUUUCCGUGGUAAUUUAUCCUCUGCCUAUCUCCGAGACUAUGGGCGGAACGUACACCAUAUGGGAACCAGUGUCGUCGAGUGGUGGAAGAAGUUCUCGUUUGAUGCCAAUAAUAAGAGGACUACUUUUGGACGAGGUGACUUCAUCCAGGUCCGUGGUACCACCCUUAAGGUAUGCGGUAUCGACGAUAUCUUCACGCAUGAAGCGCUGCCCGGCUAUAAGCGCCUGUUCCUCAUCCUGACGCCCACCUUGCAACCCACCGAACGUGUCGAUCCUGCGCCUACCUCACAACACACCGGAUGCGUCAAUCCUGUAUCGACCUCGCAAGCCACCGGACGUAUUGACCCUAUUCUCAAGCUCCCUCUCCUGCGUAUUGAAGGCGAGGAGCAGCAGUUCUUCGUCGGCCUUCCUGCUAUCGAAGCUACCAAGCUCUUUAUCCUCCCCGUCAAGGAACACGACGGACAUGACAAUGAGAUACCGUUGGACAAGGAUUCGGACACGCUGCUAUAUGUAAACUGGAGCAAGAUCCACUUUAUGUAGUGCCUGGCGCCAGACAAGCUUAAGAUAGCUGGCUGUCAGGAGAGAUAGAUGAGACGGAUCUGUGUAAUAAGAAGGGCGCUCUGGUGGCUUGCAAACUAUACGAUAGAUGGAUGGAUGGAUGGAUGGAUGGAUGGAUGGAUAGAUGGAUGGAUAGAUGGGUGGAUGGAUUCUGAUGGCUUACAAAGUGUAUGAUGGAUGGACGAGAUGAAUAGAUGGAUAGAUCGCUGCACUGAUGGCAUCAAAUGGGUGUCUGGGACCGAUGGGACGAAAACAAUACACCGGCAUACACUUCCUACCGUGGGAGGUAAAGUCUCUCUACACCGACCACAGGAGCGCCGCACUACCUCUAACCCACCCAACUCUGUUCGACUCUUAACAUGAAGGGGAUUUUACACGCGAUACAGCGAUGUAUGUAUAAUACACAGGCUUUCCGAUAAGCUUAGCAAAACAUUCAAGCAGCAU